AUCAUUAUAUUUUCCGGCAUUUCUCGCAAAAAGAAGUGUUGUGCUCUGUCGGUCAAUUUCCCCACCGCCAAAAACUAUUGAAAAAUGAUAUUAUGAAUUAAGGAUUCAAUUUGAAGAUUCCAACAAGUGUUGUCGCUCGUCAAGUAGGUGUUGUGUGCCGCCCAGAACAUAAACAUUCUUGAUUACUUACAUUUCGUCGUAGAAAAUAGGAAGGAAGAAACGCUCUCUUUACUUUUCGUUCUUUCAUUACUGUCAAGUUAAUUAAAAAAAAAAUUGUUCAUUGAAGGUGGUUGUUGCGCAACUCUCCUCCCCCUUUUCGGAUUUUGUGCGCUAAUUUCAUACGAGAGUAAAUGCAAAUAUUUACUGAACUCUGUAUUUAAAACAAGUGUUGCAUUAUGAAAAAGCGCUCAAGUUCACGUGGUAGUCCGGAUACUGCCGCCACCGCCACAGCGGAGACCAACGAUAUGAAUCAAUCAUCAACAGUCAAAUCUGGAGCCUCCAGUGCUCCCACAACUCCAACAAAAACACGUGCUGCGGCGUCAACGACCACGGGCAAUAAUGUGAAACCCAAACCAGAAGAAAUUGCCGAAACUUUUUUGGUGGUCAAUGAGCGACCUGUCGAUGAUAUCUCAUUGGAUUUCUUCUACAAACCCCACACAAUUACCCUCCUGGCUGUAUCCGUUUUGGCUGUCAUGUAUUUUGCCUUUGUCCGGGACGAAGGUAAUUUCGAAGAAAACAUUUGGUCUGGCAUAUUGUGCGUGGUAUUCUUUUUCCUAAUCAUUUCGGUGCUGGCAUUUCCCAAUGGUCCCUUUACACGGCCGCAUCCGGCCGUAUGGCGUAUACUCUUUGGUUGUUCAGUGCUUUAUUUAAUGGCCUUGCAAUUUCUAAUGUUCCAAAAUCACAAGACUAUAAUGAAUAUUUUCUAUUGGCUGGAUCCGAAAUUAAAAGAUUUCCAUAUUAAUAUGGAUAAGGAAUAUGGUGUCAACUGUUCCGAUGUCUCCUUUGAGCGAGUCAAAGGUCAUUUGGAUGUUUUCGCCUGGGGUCAUUUCUUGGGCUGGGCCUUUAAGGCUGUACUGAUACGUCACAUGGGUAUUCUGUGGGCCAUCUCAAUUAUGUGGGAAAUCACCGAGAUUACCUUUGCUCAUUUAUUGCCUAAUUUUGUGGAAUGUUGGUGGGAUGCCCUGAUCUUGGAUGUUUUAAUAUGCAACGGUUUGGGUAUAUGGGUCGGUUUGAAAAUCUGUAAAAUGUUGGAAAUGCGUGAAUACAAAUGGGCCAGCAUCAAGGAUAUCUCAUCGACGAGUGGUAAGAUAAAACGUGCCGUUCUACAAUUCACCCCAGAAAGUUGGACAGCCAUUAGAUGGUUGGAUCCCAAGUCGACUGCUAUGCGUUUUGCAGCUGUUAUACAGUUGGUGAUAUUUUGGCAGGUAACUGAACUGAACACAUUCUUCCUAAAGCACAUAUUCGAAAUGCCACCAGAUCAUUAUAUUGUCAUUGGCCGUUUGGUGUUUGUGGGCCUAUUUGUGGCCCCAUCUGUUAGGCAAUACUACACCUAUGUGACGGAUACCCGCUGUAAACGUGUUGGCACCCAAUGUUGGGUGUAUGGUGCCAUCAUGGUAUCCGAGGCAAUUUUAUGCAUUAAAAAUGGCAAAGAACUGUUUGAACGCACGCAAGCCAUAAACAUUGUUAUUUGGCUGACGGUACAAGUUUUAAUAUCGGUGGCAUUUGUGUAUGGCUGUAUAUUAUGGCAGCGCAUGAUGGACAAACGCAAAACCAGUAAAAAUCAACCAUCUCCUGUUAAAAAGCUUAAAUCGCAAGAGAGCAAAGAAUCAAAAGUUUUCUUUAAUAUCUUAACUUUUGAUUUGGAUUUUACAUCAAAUUGGCAAAGUAUCGCCCAAAAAAUCCCAAAAACGCAACGACAAGAAGAUUGAAUAAAUGAUUACCAAACAACUCCAUCUCCAUCCCACAAAAAAAAAAAACCAAAUAAAAGAACAUCAGACUUUAGUUUCAAAACACCUCUCCCCUCCAAAAAAAAACCACAACUGAAAACGAAAACCAAGAAAAAACAACAAAUUCUCCUUAACCUAAAAAUUAAACAAAAAAAUACCAAGCAAUUUUGUUUUUAGUUAAAAAUAAAAUAAAGAAAAUGCAAGUUAUUCAAUAAGUUUAACUUAUUCAUUAUUAACGUACUAUAUUUAAUUGUAUAGAUAUGUAUGUAUGUCUAUAUAUUUUUUUAAGCCAUAAUUUGUACUGAUUACCAUAAAUGAAAUGGAAAACAAAAGCAAACAUUUAAUACUUAAGAUGAACCCUUUACCCCCUCCACAGCAAAAAAAAAACACAAGAAAAUUUUUCAAAUAGUUAUUAAAUAUAUAUAAACAAAUGUAAACAGCCACCAAAAAAAACAUAUUUAUAUAUACAAAACAAAAAGAUCAUUCUUCGAAUCAGUCAAUCAAAUCGCCGUUAAUGUAUAAUUUAUUUUUGAUAUUAGAAAAAAAUAAAAAACAAAAUCUUAAAUUGUUAUACUAUCACCUACAUAUUCAUAUUAAACUAAUUAUUAUCUUAUAAUUUUUAUUUAGCUAAUAUUAAGUUUAUUUUGCUUUUCUGCCACCUCCUCCCAAAAGAUUGAUUCUAUGCAAUUUCGUUUUUAAAUACUUUGUUAAUAUUAAAUUUUGUUUUGUUUUCUUUGUUCUACAUAAACUUAAGUAAAUAAUAAAUAUUGAAAUUUUGCCCAGACACGCAGCCAGGCAGGCCUAUAACUUCAAAUGUUUUCAUAUAUUAUGAAACCUUAAAUAAAGGGCCCUACCACAAAAUAAAAACUAUAAAAAAUUAAUUAAAAAAAUAUUUAUAAGAAAUUUAAAAACAAAAACAAAACUUAUACCAUUGUGUUAAGGCUAAGUUAAUUCUUUUUUUGUAAGUAAUUUAUACUACUUAGACAGAGAACAAAACAACAAAAAAGAAAAAGAGAUUGAACUGUUGGCUAUACAUAAAAAAACAUAUAUUUUAAUGAAAAAGAAA